UGCACACUCAACCAACAGACAGCGGAAAGGGACUCUAAAGAGCUGACAAGGGUCACCAAAAAGAUCUGAAGAAAUCCACUUGGCCAGACAAUCACCAUCCGUCACUGAAGGAAACACUGUGGUGUUCUACGGUGGCCCGACACCCAUGAGGCAGAAGACCAAUCGACUCUAAUCAUCAAAGGAUUUAAUAACUAAACCGUUUAAACCUCCUCCCCUCUAAAAUGAAGGCAUUCAGCAUUGCAGUUGCAGUGACACUCGUGCUCGCCUUUAUUUGCAUUCUGGAGAGCUCUGCCGUCCCAUUCACCGGGGUGCACGAGCUGGAGGAGGCAGGGAGCAAUGACACUCCAGUUGCGGGAUAUCAAGAAAUGUCAAUGGAAUCCAAGAUGAUGCCAGAUCACAUCAGGCAGAAGCGCCAGAGCCACCUCUCCUUGUGCCGCUGGUGCUGCAACUGCUGCAGGGGCAACAAGGGCUGCGGCUUCUGCUGCAAGUUCUGAGGACUCCCGCAACCACCACGAAAUAUUAAUUUAUUACGCUUUUUUUUGUCUUAUCCCAAGAAAUUACCUUUUUCUUGACCUUUUUCUCCAAUGCAUUGCCUGUGCUACACUGUUUUUGUAUCAUUUUUAAAAAAGGUGGUAUAUGAAUCAUAGAAGAGCACUGGGGGAAAGAAAAUGAAGCGCUAUGCUUUGUAUUUAUUUUAUAUGUUUUAAUACUUUCACCCUGUGAGUCUUUUUGUAAACUCAAAGAUAUGUAAAUUUGUUUUCUAAAGAUAAUCCAGAUGUGACUGUUUCUUCAUUUAAAUUGACUGCAACAAGUUAAUAGAUGGUGUUGAAUAAAAGAUGAAAAUUUGAAGCAA